AUGAAGAUUGUGUUGAUUGGCUCCGGUGGCGUCGGCAAAAGCUGCAUCGCCCUCAGAUACCUCAAAGAUCGCUUCGUCGAGGAAUAUGACCCGACCAUCGAGGAGUCGUACAGCACAACCAUCGAGCUCGACGGUCAUACAGUCCCGCUUGAGCUUGUAGAUACAGCAGGCCAAGAAGAGUUCAAGUCGUUCCGCGAUGCUACCCUCGACUUUGGAGAGGCGUUUAUCAUUGUGUUCUCCAUUACGGAUGACGCGAGCUACAAGGAGGCAACCAAGCUUGUGACCAAGGUCGAAAAACUCUUCAUGGACGAGGAUGUCACGCCCAUCCUCCUCGUCGGCAACAAAUGCGAUUUGAAAGACAGGCGAAAAGUGGAGGAGGCUGUUGCGAGAGGGUUUUGCGAGCAACACAACAUCACGUACAUGGAGACAUCAGCAAAGGAGAGCACCAACGUACGGGAUGCAUUUGCACACAUUAUUCGCCUUCUCCGCCGCACAAACCCGACAGGCAAUGGUGGUGGCGGUGGCAAGAAGAAGAAGUGUGCCAUCAUGUAG